UAAUAAUAAAAAAAAGGAAUGAUACUGUUAUACCACACACUCAGCAUGAACUACUCUUCAAUCCAUCAUCCUACACUUUCACUUCCGCACUCAUCCCCAAUUCCUCUCUCUCUCAUCUAACUUUCCUUUCCCCAUUCCAUCUCUCUUCUCUACAACUAUAUUAAUAUUUAUAGGUAUGCAUAAUAAUCACAUAUAGAUCCCAAUCUCACAUACCUAAUUCUCUGUUUUUUUUUUUUUUUUUUUUUCCCCAAUGGCUACCCUUUCCGAAUCCCUCGCUCUCUCUUCUCUCUCCAAUCUCAGACCCUCCCUCUCGCCGUCUCUGACCUCACCGCCGCCACUCUCCCUCUCUGCGCACCGGAAACUUACUGCCUUGCCCCAAUUCACCGGCCUCAGGAUCCAAUUGCCUUCACACCGAUCCGUUUCGUCGUUCAGCUCCAGAAACCCUAGCGUUCUUCGCCGAUGUGCUCGCGUUUCUUGUGAAGCUCAGGAAACCGCUCUUGAUAUUCCCAUUGUGACUGAUGCUACAUGGGAAUCACUUGUCCUCAAGGCUGAUGGGCCUGUUCUGGUUGAGUUUUGGGCUCCAUGGUGUGGGCCAUGCCGUAUGAUACAUCCAGUAAUUGGUGAAUUGGCAAAGCAAUAUGAUGGGAAGCUCAAGUGCUUCAAAUUGAGUACUGACGAUAGUCCUUCGAUUGCAACCCAAUAUGGAAUUCGAAGUAUCCCAACAAUCAUGAUCUUCAUCAACGGUGAGAAGAAAGACGCAGUAAUUGGUGCUGUGCCCAAAACCACACUAAUUGCCAGCAUUGAGAAAUUCUUGUAGAGAUGGUGUUUCUUUUCAAAACUGUGUUAUUCUUUUGGAAGUUUUUCAUGUUGAGGUUGAAAAUCUUUGACCUUUUGUAUAAUUUUGGAAGCUUCAUGUAUCAGGUUUUCUUUUGACAUUGAUUAUUCGUCUUUUGUACGUUAAACAUUUGAACUUCUCCAAUAAUAAAUGUUAGCCAUGCUGAAAAUUGUACUCAAUAAAAAGUUGUGAAAUAUUUAGAGGGAA